GGCCACACUUGCCACGGGAACGGUUCAGUUGGAUGGCAAAUUUUGCACAAGCGUACAUCUCCCAAGAACUACAAGUGAUCCCUAAAGUGUGUGACCGAGGAAGGGAACGUCCAAGGGCAGGAUGGAGAUCAGUUUGAUGGUGCUGGUGCCGCUGGUGGCCAUCCUCGGUUUCAUCUAUCAUUACAUUACGAAGGGAAAUAAGUAUUUCCAUGAUAAACCGAUACCCUCGUUGGCGGCGGAGCCACUGUUUGGCAGUACGCGGCGGCUGAUGAUGAAGCAGACUUCGUUCCAUGAUUUUGUUAUCAGCAUCUACAACAAGUACCCGCUGGUGAAAGUUUUCGGCAUGAUCGACACAAUGCUACCGAUGUUUGUGGUGCGCGAUCCGGAGCUGCUCAAGCGGAUCGCAGUGAAAGACUUUGAGUACUUCAUGAACCAUCGGCCAGUGUUUGGCAAUAACGACGAUCCCCAUAAUGAGGCCCUGUUCGGCAAGACGCUGAUUGCAAUCACCGACCAAAAGUGGCGCGAUAUGCGAGCGACGCUCAGUCCCGCCUUCACCGGCAGCAAAAUGCGCCAAAUGUUCGAGCUGAUCGUGGAGUGCAGCAGCAACAUGGCCCAGCAUUACAAGGAACAGAUCCGCAGCAAUGGCGCUGGCUCGCGUGAGCACGAGAUGAAGGAUGUGUUUACGCGGUACGCCAACGACGUUAUCGCCACGUGCGCAUUCGGCAUCAAGGUUGAUUCGCUGAAGCACGCGGAAAACGACUUCUUCGUCAAUGGCAAGAAGAUGAUGGCAUUCAACCGACCAAUCGUUAUGCUGCGGAUGAUGGGCUUCCGGUUACUGCCCAAGCUGAUGAACUUCUUCAAUCUGGAUCUGUUUGAUCGGGAACAGAGAGUCUUCUUCACUGAGAUCAUCAAGGAUACGGUGCGAACGCGUGAUGCCAAUGGUAUUGUUCGACCCGAUAUGGUUCAUCUGCUGAUGCAGGCUCGCAAGGGUGCGCUCAAGCAUCAGCGUGAUACGGAGGAGCGUGAAGAGGUGAAGGGUUUCGCCACUGUCGAGGAGUCGGAGGUGGGUCAGACACAGGCAAGCAAGGGUAUGCAGAUGACCGAGCUGGAAAUGAUAGCCCAGUGUUUGAUCUUCUUCCUGGCCGGGUUCGAUACCGUCUCCACGUGUUUAACUUUCCUCGCCUACGAGCUCACCGUCAACCGGGACGUGCAGGACAAGCUGUACGAGGAGAUCCUUCAAACGGACAAAGCGCUCAGCGGUGGUCCAUUGACUUAUGAUGCGGUACAAGGCAUGCAGUACAUGGACAUGGUCGUGUCGGAGGGACUGCGUAUGUGGGCUCCGGCUCCUGCCACCGAUCGGUUGUGUGUGCGAGACUACGUGGUAGAUGAUGGCGAUCGACUGAAGUUUACCAUCGACAAGGGUACGGUAGUGUUUAUCCCGAUCGCAGGUCUGCACCACGAUCCACAGUACUAUCCCAACCCGAGCAAGUUCGAUCCGGAGCGAUUCAGUGUGGAAAAUCGGGACAAGAUUAAUCCAAAUACGUACCUGCCGUUUGGCAUUGGUCCGCGCAACUGUAUCGGAUCUCGGUUCGCUCUGAUGGAGGUGAAGGCCAUCAUCUACUACAUGUUGCGCGAGUUUUCGUUCGAACGCACACCGAACACGCAAGUGCCGCUCCGGCUAGCAAAGGGAUUUGCGGGCAUGCGCAGCGAAAAGGGUGUGUUUGUCGAGUUCCGGCCACGCAAGCAAGCUGCUAACUGAUCCUACUACAUAAGAUCUGUUAGGAAGCAAGCCUAUUGUAGAUAUUAAUCAUUACUAAGAAAAAAAGAAGCAAUUAGGCAACUAACAAUGAGUGUUGCUCCUUUUUUAUUAUUUACAAUAAAGCAUUCUGAGUUCACUGGAUGAAA